AUGGCAGAAUCCUCACACGUCCUGGCACCAGCACUGGCAGCCAUGAACCUAGACAACCACAGCCCUACAAUCAUCACGGCAGCCCAGCGCGCCUUGAGUAAUCACCUCAUCAUCUCGGAAAUAUUUGACUACAUCAGCAUGGACUGUCAGGGCUGCUGGAAGGAUCGCCCUGCGGAGGCCUUGCGUGAGAAUCAUGGCGCGGUCACAGGCUCGACGGAAUCUAGAGGCGUCGAGGUUUGCGAUGGGAGCGACGAAAAGCGCCAAGACCAUGGCAACACAGACGACGACGACGACGAUGAAGAAGAUUGGAGUGUUCAUCACUACUGCCGCGGCGGGGUUCUCAUGCGAUGCAUGCUGGUUAACAAGCUGUGGUUCGAAUUCGCGACACCAUUUCUAUGGAAGGAGCCGACGGAGAUGGUCUCAUAUCCGUCAUAUAAGACUGCAAUUGUGGCCAUACUGAGUGCCAUUGAGCCUGUACGGCGACAAAUGUAUGCCAAGCAUGUUGAGAUAGGCUUCAACGAGGGCCGCGACAACGAGGACCUCACAGAACUGGAAUUUCCACGGCUGAGAGAAAUGCAGUUGAGGACGGACUACGAAAUCAAUUUACCCAAGAUCAAUGGGUACGGCGUCAAAGUACUGAGCGUUGAUCCCCGCUACGAGCCCUGCUAUCCUGAAGUCUACACAUUGACUCAGGAUCGCAUGAACGAGUUGCUGGACCAAAUCGCAGAGCGAUUCCGCAACAUAGAGAGCCUUUCCAUCUGUGAUAGUGCUUUAGCGUAUCCUGGAACGAUGAAGAAAUUCAAGGACCGCAUGCCCCAUCUCGUGGACUUUGAUCACAGUUACGUUACCGAGCAGAGCCACUCGUACUAG